AUGACCGUAAGGAUUCGAAAACAGAUAGACCUAUUCAAAGGCUGGCCGAACGAGAAGCUUCUGCCUCCACGGCUUCUCAGGGACGCGGCCAACCACACACUCUCGCAGACAGACCCAGGAACCGUGACAGAGAUCCUCGAGUAUGGCGAUGAUGAGGGCUACCGGCCCCUUCGCAAUUCCAUAGCAGCGUGGCUCACUAGAUUCUACCGACCGAAGGAAACCAUUGGAUAUGAGCGUAUUUGCAUCACGGGAGGAGCCUCCCAGAAUCUUGGAAACACACUAGCAACCUUUACUGACCCUAUUUAUACGCAGCACGUAUGGAUGGUGGCACCAACAUACUAUCUGGCGUGCCGAAUAAUAGCAGACGCAUCCUUCGACGGCCGGUUACGGGCGGUCCCAGAGGAUGAGGAAGGCAUCGAUCUAAAAGCACUUGAGGAAGGUCUCAAGAAUAGCAAGCCACGUGAAGGCGCCACCAUCAAGCAGCCCAAGCCCUGGCGGAAGCUGUAUCGCCAUGUCAUCUAUUGCGUCCCAUCGUUCAGCAAUCCUUCUGGUCGGAUCAUGUCGUUGAGAAGAAGACAGGACCUCGUAAGGCUCGCCCGGAGAUACGAUGCCCUCAUCGUUGCAGAUGAUGUAUACGACAUGCUACAAUGGCCAUCUAAUCCGAGAAAGCCCAAGCAGACCCUCGAGCAUGCAUACAUGCCGCGCCUUGUCGAUGUUGAUCGCGAACUAGACGGAGGACCCAUUGAUGAAUUUGGCCACUGCAUGUCAAACGGCAGCUUCAGCAAGAUCGUCGGCCCAGGCGUUCGUACAGGUUGGGCGGAAGGUACCCCUGCCUUUGCAUAUGGCCUGUCGCAAACGGGCAGCUCACGCUCUGGCGGUGCGCCAAGCCAUCUCGUCGCAACGUUCUUGCACAACAUGAUCCAGACUGGUACUUUGCAAGAUCACAUUCUGAAUUUCUUACAACCGGAGUACGCAGAACGAUACCACAAGCUGAUGGCUGCAAUCAAAACUCAUCUGCUUCCCCUAGGCUUGACCAUGCCACAACCAGGCAAGGACGUCGCUGGCGGCUAUUUCGUCUGGCUGAAGCUGCCUGGCCGUCUGCAAGCGGACAACGUCACCGAGAAGGCGCUGGAGCGAGACGUGGUCAUCAUAGCCGGACCGAAAUUCAUCGUAGAUGGAGACGACGCGAGCACGCAAUCAUCCUUCAAACAGAAUAUUCGAUUGUGCUUCGCCUGGACUGACAAAGAGCUACUGGGGGAAGGCGUCAGCAGGCUCGCCGAUGUCAUUCGCGAGUGCCAGCGUGAUAUAGAGGGUAUGGCUGCCUGA